AAGUUUUUCAUGUUUUAAAUAGAUUAAUAGUUGAAAAUUCGGAUAAAGGUUCUAUAUCUGAUUCUGAAAGUUUUCCUACUAUUUAUAGUUACCCUUUUGAAAGAACUUCUUCUUUACCCGAUGAAUUACUUGAU